ACUGGAAUAGUCGUUUUCAUAGGCGUUCAAGUGUGCUCCACAAUACAAAAAAUGAAUAACUCAAUGCGCACUCUCUCUCGUGCCUCUAUUUUCCCCUUCUCCUUUCACUUUCACCUAACACUCUUCCAAUUCUUUAAUUUUUCUUUGGUGAUUUGCCAUUGUAGAAUGAGUGCUCUGCUGCCUGGCCCCAAAAUCACAUCUCUUUCUCUCACUUAUUUGGUCUCAAACCAUUACAUAAAGUAUGACUUAAAUAAAUGAAUGAAAUAAACUCAUUCUCAGCAGCACACCAACACGACACUUUUUAGUUUUUAUUAAUUCUCUACUCCCUCCCCUUUUUUCUGUUACUAUAAAUUAAAUGGUACAGUCAUAGAAUGGAAUAACAGAAAUCCCUCUUAUUUUUAUUUUUUUUGGGUUGUUUCUUCUCCCCAACAAAGUUUUAUUAAACAAAAAAAAGAAAAAAAAAAGAGAGAACACAAGCCUCUUUUUUUUGGCCCUUUAUUUCUCUUACUGCGGCUCUGCCUCUGCCGCUGCUAACGUUGUUUGCUGACAAAUUUCAGAAGAAGAGUAAAAAGAGAGAGCCACCACCUCCUACAAUAUUCUUGAUUUUUCUCUCUCGUUUCUCAUUUCACUUUAGCUAAAUGGGUAUUUGGAGCAACCUAGUUGUGCUCCUCGUUAUUUUCCCUUUUUGUACAUCAGAUCCAAACGAUGAGAUGUGCUUGACUCAUCUCAGUCAAUCUUUACAAGACCCUCUGAAGAAUCUUCAAAACUGGACUAAAUCCUCUUUCGCUAAACCUUGUGAUGGGUUCACUUCAUAUCUACAAGGGGCAACUUGUAACAAUGGCCGAAUCUACAAAUUAUCCCUUUCCAAUCUCUCGCUUAAAGGUACCAUUUCUCCUUAUCUCUCUAAUUGCACCAAUCUACAAGCUCUGGACCUCUCCUCCAACGCAAUAUCCGGCCCAAUACCUCUAGAACUCCAAUUCCUAGUCAAUCUGGCUGUUCUCAACCUCUCAGCUAAUCAACUUUCAGGCCCAAUUCCUGAACAGCUCGCCAUUUGCGCUUACCUCAACGUCAUCGAUCUUCAUGAUAAUCAGCUUAAUGGGCUCAUCCCCCAGCAACUAGGCCUCCUUGUACGGCUAUCAGUUUUCGACGUAUCCAACAAUAGAUUAUCGGGUCCGAUACCAGCGUCACUGGGUAACCGGAGCGGAAACUUGCCCCGAUUCAAUGCCAGUUCGUUUGAUGGGAAUAAGGAUCUUUACGGGUACCCAUUGCCACCCAAAAAGAGUAAUGGGCUAUCAGUUUUGGCAAUUGUAGGGAUCGGACUAGGAAGUGGAUUCUUGAGUUUGGUGCUAAGUUUUACUGCUGUUUGCAUAUGGUUGAGAGUUACUGAGCAAAAAUUGGAUGCUGAAGAAGGAAAAAUCAGUCAUCUUAUGCCUGAUUAUUGAAGAAACACAAAAUCAUACUUUUCAGAUUACAGGUAUCUUAAAUUCUUUAUGAGGCUGCUCUGUUUUGCCCCUUUUCUUUUUAAUUUGGGUUUAAAUUCUAUUGAGGAAUUAAAUUCACCCAUUUCCUAGUUUUUGGCUUUUUAUUUUUUAGAUCAUUAUUUUCAUUUUGUUUAGCUUCGUUUUCUAACAUUUGACCCCAAUAUGUAAAGACUUGAAGAAAAUUUGGAAUUGAGUUUGUAGUACAUAAUUACUUUUAGCAUUAAUCUGUAUUCUAAUUUGAUGCCUGGGCAGUGGGUUGGCUUGUGUCCACUCCAGGUUGUACAAAUUAUACGUGGAGAUCGUACUUAUCCUAAUAUUAAAAAAAUAA